AGACAAGUUUUAAAAUCUAUCACAUUAUUCUAAGAUCUAUAGCUUAUAUCAUCAUGGAGAUCAGUGUAAGAUCUAUGUUGUACGUUGUCACAGUUCUCGUCUUAUCCACUGGUGUUAGUUCAAGGACAUUGUGCUCAAGRAUCUUCUUUCAGAACAUCGAUGAGAGUAAUAUGCCCUACAAGUUUAUCGAAGGUGUGUUCAUUAAGCAAAACUACAAUCACAACAACUUCCCUGUUUACAAGAGAGAGAACGACAAUCURCUGUUUUACCUUAGAAAGCUUACUUCUGGAGACUAUUCGCUGUUAUUUGGUUUAAAGUUAGACCAAUACUUUGGAGUUGGAGCUCGCACUACAACAUCUGCCCUGUCGUGGCUUGUGACCGGAACUUUAAACAAGAAUGAUGUAUUUGGUGGUUUGAUAUCUUACUGGAUUUACUACAACAGCCGAGAGGUAACUAAUUACAGGGUCCCUGUACCUCCAUAUAUUAAAGCAGUGUGUGUUGAUAGUGAUUUUAGACARUGUGACUCGGAUAAAGUCUACUUGAACAGUACAUUCACAGACGGCAAAAACAACGUUAUCAACAAUCCUAAUGUCGACUAUUUUAAGCGAGAAACUGGUACUUUUCGUUACCUAAGACCUGUGUAUAAACAUAGCAGGCAAAACUGGUAUCUUCAAUAUACUUCCGAUAAUAACUGGCUCGUUACAACUUCUCGUUACCCAGCUUCAAGUCACAACGAUCGGGGAGCUUUGAUGCGAGUCAAGGAUUAUGCCCUGAGACCUGAGUAUAUCAACAGCAUUUGGUCAGUUCACUACAACGGCUGGUACACCAAACCGGACCUCAAGGUUAAGUGCCGAGGAAUUAGCUCUCAGAAUAAUCUCUGUUCCCCAAAUCCAUGUUCAAACGGUGGUACAUGUGUUUUUACAUCGGGAAAUGAAACUGUCUGUUMUUGUCCACCUGGGUUUUACGGGCCGAGAUGCACAAAUAACAACAAGUGUCCAGAACCUCAAGCACAAAGUACCGAAAUUGGCUUUCUUCUACCAGGAUAUAUUCCAGGGUAUGUGGCCAUGGCAUUUUGCCGUACGUCAUAUCCUUCGCUGAGAUAUUUGAUAUGUACUGAUAGCACAUACUCUAGUCCAUAUUGGUCAAGACAAGGAAGCGCAUGCAAAGAGGCAAUUACAACACAGACACCAUACUUGACAACACAGUGGUCACCAUGGAGCCCAAUAUGGACACAACCAACACCAUCGCCGCUAAAUUUUGACGAUACGCCAGGUCUAAGCAUAGCAAUCAUAACGUGUGCAGUACUGCUGCAAAUAUUGCUACCAGUCAUAUUGUGGUGUUGUGCUAUUUGCAAGACAUCCUGCAAAGAAGUCGACGAGGGACAAGAAGACCAGCAGCGUCGCGAGGAAUUUGAAGGACAUUUAGAAUCUCGUCUUGAAAACGUACGGCGUGCCCAAAGUCAAGAGGAACUGGAUCAAGGCGUGCAGGACUACCGACGCGCGGUGCAGGAAUACCAAAGGGACACAGAGGCAACUCAGAUGAAGCGUAAAAAAGGAUUGUAUCGGAACGCUAGUCUCCUUMGACUUUAUUCUAUGGAUUUUUACAUAUCCUUUUACCUAUGGCUAAUCUAUUUUACUGUAUGUGGGGCAACACAAUGUACUCAGUACGGAUCCAUCUGUAGUCAGCUUAACAUCAUGGCAAUAGUAAUGCUAAUACUCUGUCCAUUAUUUGUAUUUAUCGAAAGUAUUUUCUCACACGAAUUGUCUUACUUGCGCAAUAUCAUGGAGGACGACACCGCUUGGGGGUACAUCCAAAAAAUGCAUGCUGUAGCCCCUGUGAUAUCGAUGACUGUCGAAUGCUAUCAYUGGGAGACACGUACGCGUGUAGUGUACUACACUGACUCUAACGGAAAUUCCCAGUCGCGUACGGAAACGUAUCAAGAACGCGUAGUUACGUACGUGGACAAUGAUGAGUUCAAGUAUGGAUGUUGGGUUGAUGUUUCUAAAAAAGAAAUGCCUGCGCUAAGCUACGUCGCACUGACGCGUCUUAAAAUCGAUCCCCAAAUACUAUUUGGUGACCAGGAAACGGAAGAAGACUUUGACCGACAAAGGGAAGAGAUGUUGGACAGAAAUCGUCACAGGGACGUCUUUAUGGAUUUCUCUUCGAGCCAAAGUAUUCCUGGCCUUAAGAAACGAAUUUCCGCUUAUGUAGAUAUGGCAGUAAAGCCAUGGUGGAUUGGUACGGGUUAUUUCUGGUUUGCCACUCUGUUGAUGCUGACCUGGCCGUAUCGCUGGCUCUUCAGAGCUAAAACAGCUAAAAGUUACUACGACUUGACAAAGAAGAUGUACAAAUCUACAAACCCACCACCUGAAGUUGAUAUCAUGGAUCCUAUUGCCAUCUUACAACAGGCUAGUAUCCCUCCAGUGGUCGGUCAGUCAAACGUCAAUUCUUCUUUUGCUAUGACCGAAUUACCCAGUAGUGCAACGCAGGCUGUUCCCCCGCCUUAUCCUGGAGCGAACCAGGAAACAGCUUAUCCGCCAACCAAUCAGGGAUUGCCAUAUCCUCCGGUCAUCCAAGGAGCGCCAUAUCCACCGACUUAUCAUGGGCCACCAUUUUCGCCAGCCAAUCAAGUAGCAACACAUCAACUGACCAAUCAGGGAUUGACUUAUCCCGCCAAUCAAGUGGUGCCUCAGCAAAUGCCCAACAUUCCGCCACCCGCAUACGAAUCAGCUGUUGGUUCGACCAGCAAAUCAGGAGCAACCUCACCUCAUCCAGUUGCAUGAGUAACAAUAAAUCAUACUUUUUAAAUUGACACCACCAUUUUUGAAUUGUUCCAACGAUAAAAGAUGUGCUUUUACUGAUGUUGAUCUGGUACUUCUAUUUACGACUAAUGUAAGGAAUUUGCUUGCUAGUACCUUUAUAGACAUCUAUACAUGCAAGCCGUACAUGUUCAUUACAUACUUUUAGUUAUUUCAAACCGGUGAUGUUUUUAUAUUUUGAUUAUAGUACUGCUCAUAAACCUGUGAAAUAAUUACUAAAGUAACACAUACUAGCUCCGACGGGCUUUAUGCGUGAAACUUAAAUAGUACAGAAUAGUAAUAACUUAUGUUAAUUAAUUUGCUUCGUAGAGUGAACAGAGUGAACGCAUUUAAUUCGUGAAAUGGUACAAGAAUCAAACACAACUAAGAACUAUUUAGUUUGUACAGCCGCGGUUUAAUUGAGAUCACUCUAUUGUGUAAUCAAAACUAUUUAGUACUAAUUAGUGUACUCUUACUAUUACUAUACAGUAUUGAACAAAUUAGAGUGAAGUCACCAAACCCGUGAACUGAACAAAAUUUGACUUUAAAGCGUGGAAGUCAAAUGAACACGACGCAAUUAUAGCUGCGUACCAAGUUGUAUUAGUGCAAUACGUAUUUCACGGUUGUUUUGGCUAGUGUAGGUGCGUCCCUUGAUCUAUUCUACUUUCCCUUUUAUAUAUUAAUAUUAGUAUUAAACAAAAUUAUUUCAAUAUCAAA